AUGCCCUCGGAUUGUCCUCGGCCAAGUGACGCCUCGUCAGGCUCGGACUCGCAUCCGGCCUCGCGCCCCGUCUCGCGCCCCGUCUCGCCCGUCUCGCGCGUUGCCCGCCUCGCCCGCCUCGCCCGCCUCGCCAGACCGCGCCUCACGCCGUCCUACGUCCUGGCCCACGUCGCCCUCUACCUGCUCGCCUGCCUGCUCCUGCAGACCAGUCCCCUCGCGACCGCCCUGCCGGGCUACACGGGCCCGCACGCCGUCGGCACCGUCGACCUCGAGCUGCCCCUCGCCCGGCCCGUCGUCACGUCGCCCGCCGUCCGCAAGCUCGACGCCUCGCCCGCCUUCCGCCUCGAGACGGUCCUCCUGUCGCUCUAUUACCCCACCGCCCAGGGCCUCCGGUCCCCUCCCCGCCGCCGCCGCCACCACCACCACCACUACUGGGUCCCGCGGCCCGUCCACCUCACCGCGCGGGGCUUCGCCCGCUUCGCCGGCGUGGACAACCCCGUCGCCCGGUGCCUGUGCUGGCUGGCCGUCUGGCUGGGCGCGGGCUUCGUCACCAUCCCCGCAGAGGUGGACGCCCCGCUGCUGCCGGAGCACGCGGGGCCCCUACCCGUCGUCGUCUUCUCCCACGGCAUGGCCGGCUCGCGCACCCACUACUCCCACUACCUCGGCGAGCUGGCCAGCCGGGGCGUCGUCGCCGCGGCCGUCGAGCACCGCGACGGCAGCUCCCCCGCCACCGUCGUCCAGCGCGCCGCCGCCGCCGCCGCCGCCGCCUCGUCGUCGUCCGCCCGGCCCGUCGUGCACUUUGACCAGUCCGACCUGCUGCACCCCGACGGCUCCGCCGUCUCGCUCCCCCAGCUCAAGGCGCAGCAGCUCGCCUUCCGCGACGCCGAGCUGCUCCAGGCCCUGGCCGUCCUGCGCGCCCUCCACGCCGGCAACGGCUCCGCCCUCCACGCCGCCUCCUCCCGCGGCGAGGGCGCCCACCUGCCCUCCUUCCGCGGCAGGCUCGACCUCGCGGCCCUCGUGCUGGCCGGCCACUCGUACGGCGCCACCGGCGCGCUGCAGGCCCUCGCGCACCCGUCCGCGGCCCACGUCGCCGGCGCCAUCGUCCUCGACCCGGGCAAGCAGUCGGGCCCGCUGCGCGACCAAGUCCGCGUGCCCCUCCUGGUCGUGCACUCGGACGCCUGGUCCCGCGCCGCCACCGACUUCUUCGGCCGCCCGCACUUUGACGCCGUGCGCGACCUGGCCGCCGGCGCGCUCGCCCGCACAAACGCCGCCUGGUUCCUCACCAUUCUGGGCACCAGCCACCCCAGCGUGACGGACGCUCCGCUCCUGUACCCGCUGCUCAUGCGCUGGGCUGCCGGCGCCAAGCUGGGCGCCAGGGAGGCCUUGACGCAGUACGUCGGCGUCUCGCUCGACUUUAUCCACUUCAUCAAGACGGGGCGCCGGGGGGACGGCAUGCUCGGCCAAAACGUCACGCACGAGACGUACGACAAGUGGGUCAGCAAGGAGAGGCAGCAGUCGUAUCCCGAGGACCUGGCCAGGCUGUGGCAGGUUCACGUCAGUCCCGCUCCUCGUGACCAGGGAAACCCGAUGGAGUAG